AAGUAGAAUAUCUUUGUUCCUGGCAGCGUGCAAUGCCGCGCGGAUACGUAAUUGUAGCGUUAUAGGGAAAAAGACUAAAGUAAAAGAGAGUAAGCGAGGCCGACAUGGUGAAGUUAUCCGCGGAGUUGAUCGAGCAGGCCGCUCAGUACACCAACCCGGUCCGGGACAGAGAGCUCGAUCUACGGGGUUAUAAAAUCCCAGUUCUUGAAAAUCUUGGAGCGACUCUGGACCAGUUUGACACCAUUGAUUUCUCUGAUAAUGAAGUCAGAAAACUUGACGGUUUUCCUUUGCUCAGAAGGCUGAAGACACUGUUAGUGAACAACAACAGGAUUUGUCGUAUAGGGGAGAAUCUGGAGCAGUCUCUGCCGAGUCUGAAAGAGCUGGUUCUGACCAACAACAACAUCCAGGAGCUGGGCGACUUGGACCCUCUGGCCUCAGUGAAGACAUUAACCCUGCUCAGCUUAUUAAGGAAUCCGGUGACAAACAAAAAGCAUUACAGGCUCUACGUCAUCAGCAAAAUCCCACAGAUCCGAGUGCUGGAUUUCCAGAAAGUGAAGCUUAAGGAGCGGCAGGAGGCGGAGAAGAUGUUCAAAGGAAAACGUGGAGCUCAGCUGGCAAAGGACAUCGGCAGGCGGAUGAAAACGUUCACUCCUGGAGUUGCAGCUCAGCCGGAGAAGAGGACGGGGCCGUCUCAGGCCGACGUGGAGGCCAUCAAGAACGCCAUCAGUAAUGCUUCAUCACUGGCAGAGGUGGAGCGAUUGAAGGGGAUGCUGCAGGCUGGACAGAUCCCAGGACGAGAUCUCAGACAAGGUCCACCUGGGAUGGAGGAGGAAGAAGAGGACGAAGGUGACGGUGCAGAGGUGGAGGCGCGUAUGGACGAAGGUUAUGAGGAGGAGAUGAAUGACAGGGAUGCAGGGGAGGAGGAUGAUGAUGAAGACAUGGAUCAAGAACCACAUCAAAACGGCUCCUGAAUUUUCUGAAAGUUUUGUUCUUUUUCUUGUAGAUUUUCUUUGGCUGCACGUUUCCGGCUGUUUUCUAUUUUGUAAAAUGUCAUUAAAUUGAUUUCUUGUA